GAUUUUCAAAACCAAAUCCAAAAGAAGAAGAAGAAAAAAAAGUCUCAACUCUCUGCAAAACUUCCAUGGCCGCCCAUGGAAUCUCAUCCGUAUUCCCAACCAUUUCCUCAUCUCUAACCUUCCUUAACAGAUCGAUGACAACAAUCUCCAUGGCUGCCAAUAGAGCCACGCAAGUCCCGCCAAGAAGAAGGUCCAUGUCUGCUUUCGAAGCUCGAGUGUCUCUCGUCUUGGCUCUCGCUUCUCAAACCUCCUCCACUUCUCAGCGACUUUUGGCGGAGUUGGCUACCGAAACAGCAAAAUACGUAUUCCCGAAAAGGUUCGAGUCGCGCACUCUUGAGGAAGCUCUGAUGACAGUUCCGGAUAUUGAGACAUUGAAUUUUAGGGUUUUGAGUAGAAUAGACCAGUAUGAGAUAAGGGAAAUUGAGCCUUAUUUUAUAGCGGAGACGACGAUGCCUGGAAAAACUGGUUUUGAUUUCAAUGGAGCUUCUCAAUCCUUCAAUGUCUUAGCCGAAUACCUGUUUGGUAAGAAUACAAAAAGGGAGCAGAUGGAGAUGACCACACCAGUUAUUACACGUAAAGCUCAACCUAACGGGGAGAAAAUGGAAAUGACAACUCCUGUUAUAACAAAGAGGGUGGAAGAUCAAGAUAAGUGGCAGAUGUCUUUUGUCUUGCCUUCAAAGUAUGGUGCAGACGUGCCCUUGCCCAACAACCCAUCUGUGAAGAUCAAGGAGGUUCCAAAAAAAAUUGUUGCAGUUGUUGCUUUUUCAGGUUUCGUUACUGAUGAAGAAGUUAAACAACGUGAAUCCAAAUUAAGAAAAGCUUUAAAGAAUGACAAACGAUUUCAAGUGAAGGAGGGCGCUUCAGUAGAAGUUUCUCAGUAUAAUCCGCCAUUUACACUCCCCUUUCAACGCCGUAAUGAGAUUGCACUCGAACUUGAAAACAGAGAGUAGCUAUUGCUAUUUAGCAACUUUAAAGUUUUGGUGUGAUUAAUUAUUGUAAAUGAUAGCUUUGGCAUCUUCCAAAAUCAGGUAUUACUAUGUAUAGUGAUCUUGUAAAGUUACUAGAAGUUGCAUCUUACUUCACAAUUUAUAUACUUAUAUACAUAGAUGAACAGUACCCUCAAAUGUAUAUUGAAGUAACUAGCAUUUUAUGCUCCCCGAUCUUCUGCUGAAGUGGUAAGUCAAGGGAAUCUAUACAAGCGUAAUAGUUUGUUCUAGUCAAA